UCUUCUUCAGCUGUUUUGUGAUAAAGUUUGUUCGUUUUUGUUUGUAGAGGAAAUGCAUUAUUUCAAUUGAUAUUUAUUUUAUUUAAACAAGUGCGAAAGUGAAAUUAUAAAUCAAAUUUAAUGCCACAUUAAUGUUAAUUGAAAUCGAAAGAAUACAAAUUGUUUUAAAAAUAAACGUGAUAAGAAAAGUAAUAUUAAAGAAAAAUAAUUUAUACGGGGCCUACAACAAAAACAAACAUAUGACGUAAAAUUUAUUAACGACGCAAAAUAUUAUUACAAAAACAAAGGAUUAAAACUAUUUUAUAAAACAAAUGAAAUUUUUAUUAAGUUGAACAAAAAAGUAUUCUGGGGGCGUUGUACCAUUGAAAAACAUAUUGGAUUAUAAUGCUCAAGUAUGAUACAAUCAGUAACGACGAUCGUGAGCCAUUGGUCAGCAAUGUGCUACAGUUCGCUGCAGAAGAUGAAGAAGGAGACACAGACGAUAUUUAUGCGGGCGGUUUCAUAGAUGAACAAUCACAGCAUGACAAUGAUAAUUUUAUGCCCACCACUCUUCCCCAUCGUACUUAUGAUGAUGAUUUUCACAAUAUUGAAUUGCAAAGUCAUAUUCAGAUCUCAGAUGCACCUGUUGAUCAUUGGAAUUAUACUUACGUUGUAUUUUAUUUACUAGGUAUUGCAACUAUGACACCAUGGAACUUUUUUAUAACGGCAGAAGAUUAUUGGAUGUUCAAAUUUCGUAAUACCACAUUAAAUGACACGACUGAUACGAGUCCCGAUCUGACGCCAAUGCAAAAAAGUUUUGCCUGUGAUUUAACUUUAACCGCCUCCAUUUCUGGCACUACUUUUUUAAUACUUAAUGCGAUCUAUGGCCAAAAAGUUUCUUUGCGUUUGAAAAUGUUGGGAACAUUACUUGUAAUACUCUUAAUAUUUAUAAUAACAACAGCAUUUGUAGAAGUAAACACGGACAAAUGGCAAGAACAAUUUUUUCUAAUAACGCUCUUCACAGUGGUGAUAAUAAAUAUUUGUUCUGCUACCAUGUCUGGUGGUAUUUUUGGUAUUGCUGGAUUAUUUCCCUCCGAAUACAUGACGGCUGUGGUUAGUGGGCAAGCUUUGGGUGGUAUUUUUACAGCUCUAACAUUCCUGGUCGUUUUAACUUUUGGAGCUGCUCCAAAUGUAACCGCAUUUAUUUAUUUCAUUAUUGGCAGUGUUCUUAUCCUGAUCAACAUAAUUUGCUAUGGCAUUUUGGAAAGAAAUGAUUUCUUCAAAUAUUAUGUUGAGGGCGGGGAUAAAUUUAAAAUUAUCUACGAUAAUCCCACUCAUAGUCGCAUGGUUGAUCGAGGCAUACCAUUGGAUCCGAAUGUUAACGAAGUUUUUAGUAAAAUUUAUGUUCACGCUGUAACUAUUUGUUUACUUUAUUCUACGACACUUUCUGUCUACCCAUCCGUAACAAUACUCAUGCAAUCGGAGAAUUAUGGUCAGGGCAAAGCUUGGAACGAUAUUUACUAUAUGCCUGUUGUCAAUUAUUUGUUCUUUAAUUCUGGUGACUAUUUCGGUCGUAUUAUUUGUGGUCUUUUUGAAAGACCCCGCAAAAACGUUCAUACUGUUCUAAUGAUGGUGGUCUUACGUGUGCUCUAUAUACCAUUUUUAUUGUGUUCCAACACAAAUUUACACAAUUUUAUGCCGACACUUGUUCAUUCAGAUGUGGCAUUUAUAAUAAUGAUUAUAACGUUUGCUUUAAGCAAUGGCUAUAUCACAAAUAUUCUUUUAAUAAUGGCUCCCAGGUGUGUAAAGCAGCAUGAAAAAGAAAUGGCAUCUUCGAUUAUGGCGGCUUCUCUAAGUUGUGGUUUAGCCUUAGGUUCAAUGUUGAGCAUGAUUUUUGUCCAAAUGCUUUAAAUUCAAUAAAUGGAGUUCAUCAGCAGGGUGCCUUGGCUUCGAGAUUUUAAACAUAUGGAGUCUAAAUACGAAACAGAACAACGAUUUAUUGCCAUUUUAAAUAUUAUUAAACAAUUUCUUUCUUAAUGUUAAUUUUCUGUCAUGUUUUCUAUACAUAUCAUAAAUCAUUAAUAUUUUUUAUUCAUUUUAAUGUAGUAGAUUU